AUAUAAUUAAUACUAUUAAUUACUAUCAGUCUUUAUAUUUAUAUAAAUAAUAUUGUUGUUUCUUAUAUAUACGUAUAACAAUGAAACAAAUUGUAUCAAUAUUUUUUAUUAGUAAUUACUUAGAAUUUGCUAUUGCAUCUAUAUGUUUAUGGAAUAGUGGAUGCCCAUAUAACUAUUUUUCGACAAAAACACCAUAUAGUGUAGUGAGAGGUGAUAUACGGGAUUCAUUAAUUAAAGUACAUGGUUGCGAACCAUACAGUAUAUGGGGUCUAUUUAGACAUGGGAAAACAAACCCUAGAGAUGAUAUCGCCAAAAACAUGGAAAAAGUUAUUAACAUACGUGAUGAUAUAUUAGUGAGCCAAAAAAAAGGAAAUUGUUCUCUUUGCGCUCAAGAUAUAGAUAAUUUACGAAGUUGGACAAAAGAAAAUAAUAUUUUUAAUAGUCCUUAUGGCCUUACCCACAAUGGAUUUAAGGAAAUGGCUGCAAUAAGCAACAGAUUAAAACAAGCUUUUCCAAAAUUAUUGUCUGAUCUUAAUAAUGGAAGUUAUAUAUUUCGUCCAGCUGGGAGUCAAGAAAUAAUAGACAGCGCUGUAGGUUUCAUCGAUGGUUUAGAAAAUAAAAAAAUUAUUAUACAAAAACCUAAAAUUAGUUUUGAUGUUAUGACUCCUUAUGCAGCAUGUGAAAAAUAUCAAAUGGAAAUAAAAAACAAAUCAAGUCUAUCGGUUGAAGCAAGUAAAUACCAAAAAUCGUCAGACUAUUUAAUGAUGAAGGAUAGAAUUCAAAGAAGAACUGGUCUUGAUUACACAUUAUCUGAUGAAGACAUUAUGUCUGUAUAUGAUUUGUGCCGUUAUACAUCAACUGGUUUCGGAAGUUUACCUAGCCCAUGGUGUGCGUUAUAUACUACAGAUGAUUUGCAAAUAUUAGAAUAUGUAAAGGAUUUGAAUAAUUAUUAUUACGAUGGUUAUGGAAGGGCAAUAAAUGAAAGAUUAGGACAAAUUCCGUUAGCAGAUUUACUCGCUAAAUUUCGUGAAGCCAAAGAUGGUCAAGGAACAAAAGUGGUUGCGUAUUUUGGCCACUCUAAAGUAUUAUCUAUGCUUUAUACUGCUCUUGGUGCAUUUAAAGACAAACAACUUACCGGAUCGCACAGAAAUGAUAACAGAAAUUGGAGGAGCAGUAAAUUGACAGCGUUCUCUGCGAACUUUAUCGCUGUAUUAAACAGGUGUACAAAAGAUGGCGCAGAAGAUUUUAAUGUAGUAUUUUAUAGAAAUGAAGAACCAUUGAGAUCUAUCUGUGAACAAGGAAUUUGCACUUGGCAAGAAUUUGAAGAUAAAUUAAAACGUCACAUUGAUGAUCCUACAGAUUUGUGUGAAUAAUGCUGAUUUUUAUUAUUACUUAUACUGUUAAUAUUAUAAAAUAAAUAUUAAAAGGUUAGUUCUUUA